GGCUGAAGCGGCGCCGCCGCCGCAGUAUAACUCGUAGGGGCUCCUCGCCGGCCAUGGCCACAGCCGCCUCCAACCCCUACAGCAUCCUCGCCUCCAGCUCGCUGGUCCAUGCCGACUCGGCGGGCAUGCAGCAGGGGAGCCCCUUCCGCAACCCCCAGAAACUCCUCCAAAGCGACUACCUGCAGGGCGUGCCCGGCAAUGGGCACCCGCUGGGGCACCACUGGGUGACCAGCCUCAGCGACGGCGGGCCCUGGCCCUCGGCGCUGGCCUCGGCCCCGCUGGAGCAGCCGGACGUCAAGCCGGGCCGCGAGGACCUGCAGCUGGGCGCCAUCAUCCACCACCGCUCGCCCCACGUCUCGCACCACUCGCCCCACGCCAACCACCCCGGCGCCUGGGGGGCCAGCCCGGCCCACAGCGCCUCGCUGGCCUCGGCCGCCCAGCCCCUCAACGUCUACUCGCAGGCCGGCUUCGCCGUGGGCGGCAUGCUGGAGCACGGCGGCCUCACGCCACCGCCCGCCGCCGCCGCCGCCGCCAUGCACCCGGGGCUGCGCGACGGCGCCGAGCACGGCGAGCUGGGCGGCCACCACUGCCAGGACCACUCGGACGAGGAGACGCCGACCUCGGACGAGCUGGAGCAGUUCGCCAAGCAGUUCAAGCAGCGGCGCAUCAAGCUGGGCUUCACCCAGGCCGACGUGGGCUUGGCCCUGGGCACGCUCUACGGCAACGUCUUCUCGCAGACCACCAUCUGCCGCUUCGAGGCCCUGCAGCUCAGCUUCAAGAACAUGUGCAAGCUGAAGCCGCUGCUGAACAAGUGGCUGGAGGAGGCCGACUCCUCCACGGGCAGCCCCACCAGCAUCGACAAGAUCGCCGCCCAGGGCAGGAAGAGGAAGAAGAGGACCUCCAUCGAGGUGAGCGUCAAAGGCGUGCUGGAGACUCACUUUCUCAAAUGCCCCAAGCCCGCCGCCCAGGAGAUCUCCUCGCUGGCAGACAGCCUACAGCUGGAGAAAGAGGUGGUGCGGGUCUGGUUUUGCAACAGAAGGCAAAAAGAGAAAAGAAUGACUCCGCCAGGGGAGCAGCAGCCGCACGAGGUGUACCCGCACAGCGUGAAAACGGACACAGCCUGCCACGACCUCUGACUAGCGGGCCGGACUGCAGCCGCGCGGAUUUGCGGCCGGGGUUUUAACUUAUGUUGAAGGAGGGAACGCGAAAUAACGGGAGACUUCGAGCCGGGGGCUUCCCGCUCACCGUCUGGGCAAUAUUUUUUCUCUCAAACCUUUUCGCUGAUCAAUACGUAUUGUUUACUCGCAGACAAGGUUUGUUUUCGGUCUCCGCUUAGGAAGAAGAAAAAAAAAAAAGAAAACCCACGGGAAAAAAAAACAACAAAAAAAAAGGAAAGACAGAUGUGUGCCUAUGAAUAACCUUCCAGCGCCUUGGUUAUAUCAGCUGUAUUUCAGGUGAAUCUGUUUUACAAUAGACUAGUUUUGCAUUUUUAAAGACUUAUAUAGCGUUUUUAAAUGUCUGAGGUGUUUUACUACAAACUGUACACAAUAUUUGUGACCUAAUUUGUAUCGAAUUGACCAGUCAGACCUUUCUCCCUUCCCCGCGCCCCGGGAAUGUCAGUGAGCGAGGAAGAGGGGGCCGCCCGGGCCUUCCUCCGCGCCGGCCGCCCGCUGCCGGCGGCUGCUCCUCCGCCUUUUCGGGAGCUUCCUAAGGCGGUCGGGUUACAACCCCGACCCCCCUGCGCCCCCCAACAACGACAACUCCCAGGGACAAAUUUUAAAGCGAGCCGAAAUUAAGCAUCGCAAACAAAACCGCGGCACUUGCCGGUGCUUCUCUUUCCGAAGAUGGGUCGCGCUUUUUGCCCAGCGCCAGACUGCGAGGUCUGUAGUAAAACACCUUUGUAAUCCCGCGCUUUGGCUUCGGAAAUCAGUUUCUGUGUUUUGUUUCGGUAGCGAGGAGGAACGAGGGGGCUGAUGCAUUGCGGGGGGGCGGGGGGGGGGACAGAAAACGCCCGCAUUUGGUUCACGCUGAGCUGCUUUCCGCGUCACAGGGAGCUGCCGGGGUCGUUGCAAAGCUUUGCUAAAAACGAGCAGGGAGGGAGAAAAAAAAAAAAAAACCCAACCACCAGGACGAAUAAGUCAAUAAAAUGCGAGCGACAUAACCAUUUUUUGGCAUAGGGAAGCGCUGAGCCGCGGCCGCCCCCUCUCCUCCGCCCGCCCGCCCGCCCGGGGCUGCGCACUUUCCCCUGCGCCGGGGCCCACGGCCCAUGGGUGCGCGCAGCCCCGCGCAGGCAACGCGCAGCCCCGGGCCGGGCCCGGCGCGGCCGAGCCGCCAGGCCCCGCGCCCGCCCCGGCGCUCAGAUUUUCCCUUUCGACAUUUAUAUUUUUCCAGUAUUUUUCAGUAAGCGCUAAAAGAGAAAAAAAAAAAAAAAAAAAACUCGACACUGAGGACCUGCCUAUUUCUGCCAACUUUAUAACUGUACAGUUUUGUAUAUUAAACGUUUUUUGGAAGUUAUUAAUUUAAAGAAAGAUCAUUUAGUUUAUUCAUUUAGUAACUGAUGUAUAAUAAACGCUAUUUUCAUUAAAGGUUGCUUUUUUCAACUAUUUUAUCCAAAAUUGCCUAUUGCAGUUGCCAACAAUUAUUUAUUUUCAAUAAAUUCCGCAUUAUGUUUAAAAAAAAAAACGUUUCAGAAAGAGAAAAAAAACCUAAAUAGGUGUCGGAGAAAAAAAUAACGAAACACCCGAGUCGCUGUAACGUUUGGUUGUCGACGAGUUUUAGUCAAGGGGUUUAUAUUGACGCAAUAUUUUAUU